CAGGGAGGGAAGGGAACGGAAGGGCGGAGUUCGCCAUUUUUGUCCUGAGCUAGGUGGGACCCUCGCUGCGGGCGGAACAAGAGCUGCGUCCUCACAAAAAAGAUCGGCCGGCGAGGCUUCCGAAACAAGCCGAGCGUCCACCGGAGGGAACUGUCGAGGGAUUCCGGCGAUAGGCCCCCAUGAGGUCCCCUAGAUGACACAGGAAGGCUUCCGGAGAGACGAGCGCAAGCGGCAGGUUCCAGAGCUCUCCGGAAGAACGGCCAUGAGGCUCAUCGUGCCGCUGCAGGGCGUGGUCCAGGGGCGGGGCGGACUUUUCCUUGGCUCCGUCAUCCCUUGCGCCCUGUUCUACUUCCUGCAACUCUACCUCCGCCGUCACCGCUCCCGCCCUCCGUCGCCGCCUCCCCGGCCGCCUGAGGCGCUGAAGACCUCGGCUUCGUCCUCGAGACUUUCGUCCCGCGGCUCCUCCGGCCCAGCCUACGUCUCAUAUCGGGCUAUCGCCGUCAAUAAAUCCGCAGAUUCGCCUUACUAUGCUGGGCUCGACAGACAUUCAAUGGAUCCGUACGACCAGCGAACGAAUCCCGACGGUGUAAUUCAGCUCGGCUUGGCAGACAAUACGUUGUCUCAAGAUCUUGUGCGAGAUUGGCUUGCUGAUAAUGUAAACUCACUGAUCGGUGCAGACGAAGGGCCACCGCUGAGUAUUAGCGGGAUUGCCUGCUACCAGAAGUUUGACGGCAUUGAGGAGAUGAAAAAUGUUGUGGCUGGGUUUAUGACCAAGGUCAUGGGGGGCCAUGUUUCAUUCAAUCCAUCUCAAAUGGUGUUAACGGCUGGCGCAACACCUGCAGUUGAGAUAUUGAGCUUCUGCCUUGCUGAUUCAGGGAAUGCAUUUCUUGUGCCAGCCCCAUACUACCCAGGUUUUGAUAGGGACAUAAAGUGGCGAACUGGCAUAGAAUUGGUACCUGUUCCCUGCCGAAGCAGUGACAAUUUUAAUAUCAACAUCUCUUCUUUGGAGCUUGCAUUCAAUCAAUCAAAAAAGCGUGGUUUGAAAGUCCGUGCAGUUCUCAUUUCAAACCCUUCAAAUCCAGUUGGUCAUGUGCUUAGCAGGAGCACGCUACACAGUUUGCUAGAUUUUGCUAGGGAGAAAAACAUACAUCUGAUUUCUGAUGAGGUAUUUGCUGGAUCCGUGCAUGGAGCAGAUGAGUUUGUAAGUGUAGCAGAGAUAGUUGAUUCAGGAGAUUUUGACAAGAGCAGGGUUCACAUAGUUUACGGGCUUUCCAAAGAUCUGUGUAUUCCUGGUUUCAGGGUAGGGGUGCUCUACUCGUACAAUGAAACUGUGCUAGCUGCUGCAACAAAGUUGACUAGAUUCUGUUCUGUUUCUGCACCAACCCAGCGAUUGCUCAUCGCCAUGCUUUCAGACGAUAGUUUCGUUCACAAGUUCAUAAGGCUGAAUCGUGAAAGGCUUAGAAGGAUGUAUACUGCAUUCGCAAAUGGAUUGAGAGAGUUGGGGAUUGAGUGCACCAAGAGCAAUGGCGGCUUCUACUGCUGGGCUGACAUGAGCAGAUUGCUGAGGUCUUAUAGUGAAAAGGGGGAGCUCGAGCUAUGGGAGAAGCUAUUGAGCAUAGGAAAGAUUAAUAUCACGCCUGGGUCUGCUUGUCACUGUAUUGAACCAGGGUGGUUUCGUUGCUGUUUUACGAUGUUGACUGAGGAUGAUUUGCCUGUGGUAAUGAAACGGAUCCGAAAGGUUUCUGAAAGCUGUAAAUUUCGUAGAUAAAAGAAAGAUGGUAAUUUUUAUCUUCCAAUCAA